CAGUCCCCCCACUUCCGGCCGGCCCCAUCGUACCCGCGCAGGCCGAGGCUGAGCCGCUCGCCAUGUCGACGGUCGCCGCCGCCAGCUGCGACGCCAAGGUCGCGGGGGAGGCGCGGGAAGGGGAGAAGAAGCCGCUGAAACCCUGCUGUGCCUGCCCCGAGACCAAGAAAGCGCGGGACGCGUGCAUCAUUGAGAAGGGAGAAGAAAAUUGUGGGCACCUAAUUGAAGCUCACAAAGAGUGUAUGAGAGCUCUGGGCUUCAAGAUAUGAGUGAGAUGAGCAGGACUCUGAAUGUGGUGAUGUCUGUUGUGUGACUGUGUUCUGGAGAGCUGGAAAAUAAAUUAUUUCUGCAAUUUACUUCAAAGAACAAAUAUAAACAAAGAAUCUAUUUAUGAAGAGUCUGUAAUGAUAGACUGCGCAUCACGUCUGUGGCUUUUGAUCACUGCUAUAGAAAAUAUAUUUUUCCUCUUAAUAAAAGUCUGAAAAUGGCCCGCG